CCAGAAUAUUACUCACAAGAUUACUCAGUCAAGAUUCACCAGUUUCAUUUUGCAGCCAUAUCUUAGAGUUGCUAAGCGUAAUUGGUACGUCGAACUAAAUUGUACAAAUGAAACUAAAAAUUUUAAAUUAUAGAAGAAUGCUAUUGGUUUAUUCAUUGAGAUUAUAAAUUUAUUGUAUUCGCAGAGUAUGCAUAUCGAAGCUCAUGCGUACAUAUGUACAUACAUAAAGCACAUAUAUAAGUGAUGAUCAUAUAUCUGUACACAUUUAGCCAACAAAUCUUAAAGCGAUCAAGAUAAAUAUUUCAAGUCUAAUUGAAUUUAGCAAAACACAAAUCAAGUCAAUUGACCACAAAGCUAUCAUGUCGUACCCAAGGGAAAUGGAAAUCUACCCCCAACAACAGGCACCACAAUAUUCCACCAUUUACGUCGAAGAAGAUGACGUUCCAGCGAUGCGGGCGUUCUCGACGAAGUCUCGACGAAUGGCGUUCGUUAGAAAAGUGUUGAGCGUUGUGAUGCUUCAAUUGCUCGUGUGUGCAUCCCUCACUGCUGGCUGCGUCUUAUCGUCGAAGCCAACAAAAUUAUGGAUUCACAAGAAUUACUUUAUCGCAUUCAUUGCAGGAAUAUUUUGGAUUAUGAUCAACAUUGCUGUAGGAUGUUGUCAGGUUGGUCGCGGCCCACCCAGACCUUUAAACAUCAGCAUUUUAGUAUUUGGGACAAUUUGCCUCUCAGUUUUUUGUGCUUUUAUAACAAUAUCGUACAGUCAGGAUGUGAUCCUUUAUGCGCUGUCCUCAACCGUCCUUAUUUUAUUAAUUAUCGUCGUUAUUACAGCUCUUACUCCGAUUGACAUCACCGGAUGGGGAAUUUUGCUGCUUUGCGGUUCUCUUGCCCUCGUCCUUGCGUCCCUCAUGGCAGGAAUAAUUCUCAUUGUCUCACAAAGUGACCGAGAAACCAUGCGGGUGGUGGCCAUUGUGCUUUGUGUCCUAUUCAUCGUUCUUUUAACUGUGUUCAUUCUCUACGACCUGCAACUGAUCGUUGGGGGACGAAAGUACCAAUUGGAAGAAGCUGACUGGCUAUUUGCAUGCCUCAUGUUAUUUGGCGAUAUCGUGAACCUCUUCUUGCAAUUGCUACAACUGUUCGGUCUGAUCCAAAAGAACUAAUUUUGAAAUACUUAAAGUGAUACAUAUGAUUAUUUGUAUGCCACAUUAUGUAAAUAUAAGAAAUAUUUAAACUGUAUUAAAUACUUUAUUCCUAUAUUUAUAACUUAUGUAAGCAGUCAAACUGUGUUUUGAAAUUAUAUUCAGUUAUUAAAACAUUGAGUUAU